AGGACGCUUGCAAUGGUGGAAAAUGGAGUCUAUUAACCUGUGAUGUUGAUACAAUUGUUUUUAAUCAUAAAAAGCUUUUCAUGGAAUUAAAAUGGCUGGUAAAGUGUGGAAUUCAGAAAUAUGGAAAGCAUGGGAUAAACAUGGAAAAAAUGAUUUCCUCAAGUUAAUCAAGCACAAAUUUAAGGAAGGCAACACUGCAGAUUGGAGAAGAGGAUUGUACGAAUUAAUAUCAAAUGGAAUCCGUGGGAACAUAAAAAGGGACAAUGUAGUUCAGACAUUAGGUGAACUGACGAGUGUUGAUGGGGCAAUACCAUCUGCAAUUGUGGAUAUAUUUACAUUAAUAGAUGCAGAAGCACAUAAUGAGGAAAGGAAUAAUUUUUAUUAUAUAGUAAAAGAAUCAGAAAAGUUUCUCACAGAUAGGAUAUUGAAGGAACGUUUAGAAAUUGACACAUUACAAGAUGUAGGAACAUUGAAAAAUAAGAAUUUUCAAACUAAAUUCAUUAAAGUGAAAACAAAAUUGUAUUAUAAACAACGGAAGUUUAAUUUAUUUAGAGAAGAGAGUGAAGGAUAUUCUAAACUUAUAGUGGAAUUGAAUCAGGAACGUCCAGAAAACGAAGUAGCAUCGAUACUGGAAAUCGUUAAGUCUCUUAUCGGAUAUUUCAACCUUGACCCUAACAGAGUGCUCGAUAUUUUAUUAGAAACUUUUGAAAAUCGACCGCAAGACGAUGCACUUUUUAUUCCUUUAAUUCGUUCGUAUAUGAGCGACCAGCAGGUACUCUGCGAAGUUCUAGGAUUUAAAUAUUGUUCUACCGUAAAUGCAACACCAUUUUCAUUGCAAAAAGUUACCGCGCUCAUGUUGCAACAUGGCGUUAUUGAAUUGGACGAUAUAUUGCCGUGGUUAGUGCCAGAUGACAAGACUAUUAUUAAAGAACAUGAACAGGCAAUGAAACAAGCAAAGGAAUAUGUUCGAAAAUUAAGCGUGAUUUCUACCAAGGAUAAGGAAGAAGUACCAGAAGAGAAAGAAAAUCCACUGGAUAAAUAUGCAAGUAAUCAAAAGUUCGGAUUGUGUGAAGCGCUGUUGGAAAUUGGAGCUUGGGAAGUAGCACAAAACUUGUUCAAUCGAUUGCCAGAUCACAGUCUCACUGAUCAACGUCCUAUUGCUUUAUCGCUGUGCAAAAUGAUUCAAUCCCUUAUUGAACCCGUUUAUCGCAAACACUGUAUAAUAUCGCCAAAGUUACAAGGCAGGAGUGUCCCGCCCUUGGAGAGCGCUCUUGCACCAAAGUCGAUCGAAAAUCUCGAAGAGAUACACGAUCAAUUGUUGCCAAUGCUCAUAGUUCUCGGUCCCAAUUUACACCACGAUCCCGUUUUAAUGUAUAAAAUUAUGAGAUUAUGUCACGCCGCUAUAAAGCAGUGUCCUUUAGACACGAAUAAGCAACCAGUUGAUAAAAAUAAUAAUUUAUAUUACGACGUAUUGACGAUUCUCGAUGUGGCGUUACUGCCUUCGCUGUCUUUUAUGGACUGCAACUGUUGCGUCGCAGAGGAACUGUGGAACAUUUUAAAGUACUAUCCAUAUCAAAACCGAUACUGUUUAUACGCUCGAUGGAAGAAUGAUACGCCUCUGCAGCACGCUGCACUUUUGCGGAAAAGAGCAGACGCACAGAAGAAAAUAAAAUCCAUUAUGAAGAGAGUGAGCAAGGAAACCAUUAAACCAGUAGGAAGAUCAAUAGGCAAACUCACUCAUUCCUCGCCUGGUGUAUUAUUCGAUUAUGUUCUUAUACAAAUUCAGCUGUACGAUAAUCUUAUAGGACCUGUUGUAGAUUCUUUAAAAUACCUGACAAACAUUUCUUACGAUGUACUUGGUUACUGUCUUGUGGAAGCUUUAGCUGGUGCUGAUAGAGAUAGGUUUAAGCACGAUGGCACCAGUAUAUCUCUCUGGCUCCAAUCCCUUGCUUCGUUCUGCGGAGCCAUAUUUAAAAAGUAUAAUAUCGAACUUACUGGUUUGCUGCAGUAUGUAGCUAAUCAACUUAAAGCACAAAAAAGCCUAGAUUUAUUAAUACUGAAAGAAAUAGUACAAAAAAUGGCAGGUAUUGAAGCUGCAGAAGAGAUGACUUCAGAUCAAUUAGAUGCCAUGGCAGGUGGUGAUUUAUUGAAAAAUGAGGCUGGUUACUUCAGUCAAGUACGUAAUACAAAGAAAUCAUCGCAACGAUUAAAAGAAGCUCUUGCUGAACACGAUCUUGCCGUAGCAUUGUGUCUUUUAAUGGCACAGCAGAAACAUUGCGUUGUGUACAGAGAAACGGAUAAAUCUCACCUUAAACUUGUCGGAAAACUGUACGAUCAGUGUCAAGAUACAUUAGUUCAAUUUGGUACCUUUUUGGGAUCUACGAUGACGGUGGACGAAUAUGUGGAGAGACUUCCUUCCAUACAUUCUAUGCUUCAGGACAAUCAUAUACAUUCUGACGUUGCAUUUUUUCUUGCAAGACCAAUGUUUGCACAUGCCAUUAAUAUUAAGUAUGAUGCCCUGAGGAAAGCUGAUCCAAAUUACAAAAAAAUGUCCACCGCUAUGAAACAAGCAAAAUACGCAGAGGCUGCGCAAGCAGUCAUGGCGCCAGUUGCUCAAUCAGUCAGGCCCCUGCAUCCUCUGAAAGUAUGGGAAGAUAUUUCUCCACAAUUUCUUGUGACAUUCUGGUCAUUGUCUAUGUAUGAUUUGUAUGUUCCUGUUGAGAGCUAUCAGAGGGAAAUUAAUAAAUUAAAGCAACUUGCCGCACAGAGUGCUGAUUCCAAAGAUAUGAAUGUUAGUAAAGGGAAGAAAGAGCAAGAAAGAUAUACUACUUUAAUUGAAAAGUUGCAAGACGAGAGGCGAAAACAGGAGGAGCACGUUGAAAAAGUUUUUGCAUAUCUAAGGCAAGAAAAAGAUACAUGGUUUUUAUCCCGGAGCGCAAAAUCAGCAAAAAACGAGACGAUAACACAAUUUCUGCAAUUGUGCCUCUUUCCUCGAUGUACAUUUACAACCGUGGAUGCCAUGUAUUGCGCCAAAUUCGUUCACACUAUACAUUCUUUAAAGACUGCAAAUUUUUCAACCCUUCUUUGCUACGACAGACUUUUCUGUGAUAUAACAUAUUCAGUUACCUCAUGUACCGAAAACGAGGCAAAUCGUUACGGGAGAUUUUUAUGCGCCAUGUUAGAAACAGUGAUGAGGUGGCAUUCUGAGAAAGCCAUAUUUGAUAAGGAAUGUAGCAAUUACCCGGGAUUUGUAACGAAAUUCCGUGUCAGCAAUCAAUUUUCUGAAGCGAAUGACAUGGUAGGAUUUGAAAAUUAUAGACAUGUAUGCCACAAAUGGCAUUACAAAAUUACAAAGGCUAUUGUAGUCUGUUUGGAUUCCAAGGAUUAUGUACAAAUAAGAAAUUCCUUAAUAAUAUUAAUAAAAAUAUUGCCCCACUUCCCUGUCUUGGCUAAACUGUCUCAAAUUCUUGAACGCAAAGUGGAGAAAGUGAGAGAAGAGGAACGUGGACAACGUCAGGAUUUACACGUGCUGGCUACGUCGUACAGUGGUCAAUUAAAAGCCAAAACUCCAAAUAUGAUACGCGAGGCAGAUUUUCAUCACGUAGGAGAUAAGACUGGCAAAACGCAAGAUACUCCAAAUAAUGAUUCGUCAGAAAAGGUUGGCGAUGGAAUUUCAAAUAAAGAAAUUACAAAUGGCGAUACUAGGAUAGAGAAAGAAAAUAAAGAGCAACGAGAAAAACGGAGUGCAUCGAAUCAAAUGCAUCACGAAAGUUCAGAAAAAAUUAGGAAAAAGGAGGAGAGUAAGGAAAGUUCCGAAGGGAAGGAUAAACAUUUAAAAAAGGAAGAAAUUAAGGAAGAUGAUCUGAUGGAUAAGAAAGAUCGAAAAUACUAUAAGGAGGAACAUUAUUAUAGCAGUGGUGUAGAUAAUUUAGACCGUGAUCUUUCUAGUGUAUCAAAUAGUAGUGCUAGCUCUGGACCAACACAGGAUGGAUCGGAUAGAGAUGCCAAAAGAAGGAAAGUUGAAAGUGUACAAAAGGAAGGGCGACGCACGGAGGGAAGUCUCGAUAAAAAGGAGCGUUCGAGUAAAGGCAAAAUAAGGGAUGAACAGAAAGAGCUACGCAGAGAAAAGAAAUUUGCACGGAAAAGAGAUAGAGCAGAUGACUCGGCAGUCGCAACCGAACAGAAAAGAAGAAAAGAUGACGAAAAAGCAAAAGGAGCACAUCAGAAUGGUGAUAUUCCCGAACACAGAGAAAAACAUCAUUAUAACAAGGAAAAGUCACCCUACACAAAGGAACGUACUCAUGAACGGGAAGGCCGCGAAAGUCGGGAUAAACAUAGAAGGAGUUCGGAUCCCAAACGAAGAUGAUGUACAACAACGGAAAAAAUUUGACUUAACA